AUGGGGUUUGCUACCUACAUUGAGCCUCGACCCCGCCCGACUCUCCCUGACACACCACCUGAGCUGCUCACUCCUGACUCUGCCUCUUUUCCUUCCAAGGCAUCUGAGGAAAGAGCCUCUUGGAACCCGCGUGCUCCCCCAUCCCCUCCGAUGUCCAACUAUGACCCGGUCAAGUCGAGAGACACAUCGACCUCCUCCUCUACCAGAGGCUCUGAGGAGGCCCUGAGCCGGAGUGAGAGCACAUUUGACCAGAGGACACCACGACAACAGCUUCCACCCCUGAGCAGUAUCCUUGCUUCGAUCGCUAGAGACCCUCCCUUUCAUUUCACAUAUUCUGAUCGUUCUAGCUCCUAUACCCCUUCGUCCUCGCUCGAUCGUCCCCUCGGGUCGUCGGCCUACUUCCCACCAUCGACGACAUCUUCUGCCUUUUCACAGCCUAGGAGCUUUCAGGACUUGAGGCAUCAAGAGCGCCCGCAAAUUCCACCGCUCUCUCAGGUAUUCUCACAGACUCUCGAGCUUCAACCACGGUAUGAGCAGAGGUCAGAUAUCCGCUUCGACUACACCUCUUCGACAAAUCGGUGGCCUGCCCCGACACCCCAGGAUGCUUCACGAACAUACUCGUCCAGGGAUCGCGAACCACAACUCUAUCAGCCGACUGCCGAUAGGUACUCCUCAGCCAACGUAUCAGGGGCAGGGAUGGACGAGAGCCGGAGGAUGAGUUAUCGGGAGCAGCUGACGCCAUCAACUCCGGUCAACAACUCACAAGUCCCACCGCCAAGCGAUGUGCCCGAUGAGGUCCCUCCGGCUAAGGAUGCGUUGGGACCAAAGAUUUGGGCUGGCACUCACUACCUACCGCGGUUCGUUCGGGCAGCUGAAGUCCCAGGUGAAGGCUUGUGCUACUUCUACGAUGAUGGCAGCCACUGCAAAACGGUGAUUGAUGGAGAGGCAGUCAAUGCCCAGUGGGGCGUGACCAAAGCCGGAAAGCCCAGGAAACGCUUGGCCAUUGCAUGCAUGACUUGCCGUGAGAAGAAAAUCAAGUGCGAUCCGGAUUAUCCGCGUUGUCUUCAGUGUGAGAAGUUCGGCAGAGGCUCGAGGCGCGAGCGCCACGGCUCCGUCGACACCUCCUACGGAGCCCGUUCCACCCGUGCCGCCAGUACCAUCGUUAUCGAGGACGCCGACGGCCGAUCUCACGCGGCCACGCAGUCUUUCUAA